AUGUCGACCACGACCGUCACCGAGACGGCGGCAUCAACGUCCCGCCGCGGCAAAGACAACCUGCCACCAGAGAACGAGCGGUUCUUACGAUGCUGCGCCGACAUUGCACACGCCCUGAUCGAAGACUUUGAAGAGUCAUCGCGCACCCCCCGGCGCGCGCCUCGUGACAUCAACCUCAAUAGCCUACGCUCCAAGUAUGCGCGCAAGCACCGCGUCAACGGCGUGCCGCCGCUCACGGCCAUCAUCGCAGCCGUCCCCGAACACUACAAGAAAUACAUUCUGCCCAAGCUCGUGGCCAAGCCGAUCCGCACAUCGUCAGGAAUCGCUGUCGUGGCCGUCAUGUGCAAACCGCACCGCUGUCCACAUAUUGCGUACACGGGCAACAUUUGCGUGUACUGCCCCGGCGGACCGGACUCGGACUUUGAGUACAGCACCCAGUCGUACACGGGCUACGAGCCGACGUCGAUGCGGGCGAUCCGCGCACGUUACGAUCCGUUUGAGCAGGCUCGCGGGCGUGUCGACCAGCUGAAAGCGCUGGGCCACUCGGUGGACAAGGUCGAGUACAUUAUCAUGGGCGGCACGUUCAUGUCGCUGGCCGAGUCGUACCGGGAGACGUUUAUCGCGCAGCUGCACAAUGCGCUCAGUGGCUAUCAGACGACCAACGUGGACGAGGCGGUGGUGGCGGGCGAGAUGAGCAACACCAAAUGUGUGGGCAUCACCAUUGAGACGCGGCCUGACUACUGCCUGCAGCCGCACCUCUCGAGCAUGCUGCGCUACGGAUGCACGCGACUCGAAAUCGGCGUGCAGUCGCUCUACGAGGACGUGGCGCGCGACACCAACCGCGGCCAUACGGUGGCGGCCGUGGCCGAGACGUUUUGCCUGGCCAAGGACGCCGGCUACAAGGUGGUCAGUCAUAUGAUGCCAGACCUGCCCAACGUGGGCAUGGAGCGCGACCUGGACCAGUUCCGCGAGUACUUUGAGAACCCGGCAUUCCGGACCGACGGCCUCAAGAUCUACCCGACGCUGGUAAUCCGCGGCACGGGUCUCUAUGAGUUGUGGCGGACAGGACGGUAUCAAAAUUACACGCCCAACGGACUGAUCGACCUAGUGGCGCGCAUCCUAGCGCUGGUGCCGCCAUGGACACGCAUCUACCGCGUGCAGCGCGAUAUCCCAAUGCCCCUGGUAACGUCGGGCGUGGAGAACGGCAACCUGCGCGAGCUUGCGCUGGCGCGCAUGAAGGACUUUGGCACGACAUGCCGCGACGUGCGCACGCGCGAGGUGGGCAUCAACGAGGUAAAACACAAGGUGCGGCCGAACCAAGUCGAGCUGGUGCGCCGCGACUAUACGGCCAACGGCGGCUGGGAGACAUUUUUGGCGUACGAGGACCCAAAGCAGGACAUUCUGGUAGGCCUGUUGCGGCUGCGGAAGUGCUCGGCCAAGUAUACGUUCCGCGAGGAGCUGAUUGAGCAGCCGACGAGCCUUGUGCGCGAGCUGCAUGUAUACGGGACGGCAGUGCCGGUGCACGCGCGCGAUCCCAAAAAGUUCCAGCACCAGGGCUUCGGCACGCUGUUGAUGGAGGAGGCGGAGCGCAUAGCGCGCGACGAACAUGGCAGCGACAAGAUCAGUGUGAUCUCAGGCGUCGGUGUACGAAGCUACUACGCGAAGCUUGGCUACUGGCUGGACGGACCUUACAUGAGCAAGUGGCUUGACGGGCGCCCGGGUCCGGUCGAGGGAUCUUGA